UUUACAUUUGGAAUAAAGACACCUUAGAAGUGUUACCGCAAAUAACAAAACCACAGAGGAAGCCUAAAAAUGACUCAUGCAAUCUAUUACCACACACAGCAGUAAGGGCCUAUAUAAGCAUUAUAGCUGUGAUCAUUAGACACAGAAGACCUCAGAUUUUCUCUUUUUAGCAGAGAUCAUCUGAUAACACUAUGAGAUACAUCCUACUCUGCGCUGCACUGUUCCUGCCUGAAAGUCUUGCUGUCCCAGUUCAGUUUAAGCCAAAGCCACAGAGCUCCGGAGACCUGAAGCGUAUACAGAAUUACCUUGACAGGUUCUUUCCAUCCAUUAAUAAAGCAGAUGACCGUACCUUAGAAGAGAAAAUUAAAGAGAUGCAGAAAUUUUUCCACCUGACUAUAACAGGAAAAUUUAAUUCAGAAACAGAGGAAAUGAUGGAUCAGCCAAGGUGUGGCAUCCCCGAUGUAUUAGAUUACAGAACAUUUCCAGGAAAUCCAAGAUGGAGGAAGAAUUUGUUGACUUAUAGGAUCCUUAACUAUACACCUGAUCUGCCUCGUUUUAUGGUGGAGGAAGCAAUCGAAAAGGCUUUUAAGGUGUGGAGUGACGUGACUCCACUGAAGUUUCAAAAAGUUGCCAGGAGAGAAGCAGAUAUCCUGAUUCGUUUUGCGCAUGGUGAACAUGGCGACUCAGCCCCCUUUGAUGGAAGAGGGGGAAUACUGGCCCAUGCCUUUGCACCUGGCUCAGGGUUAGGAGGAGAUGCUCACUUUGAUGAGGGUGAGAAGUGGUCAGAAGAUCAUAUAGGAACAAAUUUGUUUCUUGUUGCUGCACAUGAAUUUGGUCAUUCUCUGGGACUCGGUCAUUCAAAUGUUGAAGGUGCUCUGAUGUACCCUAUCUAUCGCUACUGGGACCCAGACACCUUCAGCCUUCCAGAUGAUGACAGACAAGGAAUUCAGAAAUUAUACGGCCGCAAAAGUGAAAACUUCUAAAGAACCAUGGUGUGUUUAAAAAGAAUGAAGAAUUCACACCAUAAAUGUUUCCUUUUAUUUCUUCAGUGAAUUAAAAUUGCAAAUGUUUGAAGAGCAAUUUCUACUCCUAUACAUUUACUGAGAUUUGAAAACCUCUUUAAAUUUAUUCAGUAGUUUCUGUGAAAAUAAAAAUUCUCCCAGCACUGUUCUGCCUCCUGCAUUCCUGUCUGUCCUAAUAUCUGGUGGGUUGCAUUUCACUGAUGGGUUCAGUGACUCCUGUACGUACAAUACAUAUACACAGGACAAAAUUCUCAGUUGGGUGCUUGAAAUGCAUCUAACUCCAUGGCUUAGGCUCCUUGUUCCUAGCCCACUCUCUUCUCCCUGUCCCUGCCCUGUCCCUUCCCCCUCCCUGCCCUGUUCAUACCCAGACUCAGAGUACCCUCCAUAGGGCCCAGCAGAAGGAUGUAAGAUGAUGCAGUGUACACAACAAAUCCCCACUUUAGCACCAGAAGGGUUGGAUCCCCACACAGAGGGUCUCUCCCUCUGUCCCCAAAUCCCAUGGAGAUCUAAGAGGCCAGUUCUGUUUAAGUACUUAGGGGAUAUGACCUCACUCACUGCGGAACUUGAAUGCUUCUCAGGUAUUUAAAUAUGGAGAUCACAAUUAUGGUACCCCACCACUCUCCAUUUUUAUCCACUCCUUAAUCAGGCAGGCUCCUGUUGAAGUCAGGACAAGAUAAAAAAAAGAGUAAGGGCCUCAGGAAAUAGCCUAUGGCAGCCAUCCCAAAUGUUUGAAACCUGAGCCACCCUUCAGGAAAAGGAAAGUAAUCACACAUUGUGACACAGAGGCCCUGUCAUGAGACUGGGUCAUAGGCAGUCAGGUCUAGUGCUUGGAGCAGGAGUCAGACCUAGUCAGAGUCCAAAUGCCAGAGCCCAAGGUCAAGGCAGAGUCAGAGCCAGGGAUCGGAGCCAAAGGUCAGAACUGAAGGCAGAGUCCAAAUGCCAUCGACAAGGGUUGAGUCAGAACCAGGGCUGAGCAUCAGAACCGGAUUCCAUGGAGUCAGGGAAGGCAGGAGCAGGGCUGGGACAAGACAGGAACAAGGCCGGGUGCAGGGCAGGGUUUAGCUUGGAGCAAUGCCAAAGCAAGUCAGGAGCAUGGCUUGGAGUGAGGCAAGCACAGGGAGGCACAGAAUCUGUGGGCAUGUACAUUGAUCCUCUAUAGCUGCUGGGCUUAAAAGCAAGCCACCUGACUGCUUUAGCCAAUUAGGUGGUUCUGCUGUGCUCAUUGGCUGCCUGGUGACCGGGCAGGCACAGCUGCAGGUCCUGACUUCUAACAGACCCAUUGGUGCCAGCUGGCAAAGGUUUCACUACUGUAUGUCACCAACAUACUGUAUGUCAGGCCUGACAAGCUCACUACACCUAUCACGCUGCUUUCAUGUCCCACAAGGGACAUGUGAUGUGUCUAAUAAAAGCUUACGUCAUACUGAUCCUUCUAAUUGUUGUGAGAUGUAUGUACAGAUGAAGUUUAAGGCAGUACGUAUAUGUACUGAAAAUACGUCUUUGACAACCCUGCCUGGACCACAGUCUCUAACAGGUAUUGCCACACGAAGGGAUGUAGAUUCACCUAUCUACUUAGAUUCACAUGUAAAAGAAGCUUUGUAAGCCCACACAAUGGAAGACUCCACAUGCAAAACAGACAACAGGAGUAAGUGAAGAUAGCUUGGAGCCAGCACUCCAGGAAAGGAUCCACGGGGGUCAUCCUGACUCUGAGGACAAAAUCAAUGGAGGCAAAAAUCACCUUGUUUAUCCUCCCCUGCAUGAUGCAAAAAGCCUUUUUCCUUCCCCAUGAAAGUUGGAUCCCAGGCAUGUUGGUUAAUGAUGCUGGGAGA